AUGACGACCUCUGGAUCUCUUCGCAAUCAAUUUAUCAGCUCCACCGCACAUGCUGUUUCGGCCGCUGAAGCUAUCAGCAACAUUCUCGAGUACGACCCGGACCUAAGCUUCAUCCCGUACUUCUUUGGGAUUUACCUGCUGCAGGGUAGCUUUUUGCUGCUCCUGAUCGCCGAUAAGCUGCAGGGUGAGGCGUCGGGUGCUGUCGUCACUGCUUGUGAAACAAUCGUUAGGGCGCAUGAAGUUUGUGUGGUAACACUAAAUACAGAGUAUCAGAGAAACUUCCGAAAGGUUCAUGCGAAGCGCAUUAAGUCAGGUGCGCGGCAGAGGCGCACCAGAGGAUAUGGAGGAGCAGAAGCAGAAGAGGCGGGAGGUGCUACAGCUUUACAGAUGGUGCGGAGAUGGAACCGGACUCGCGCUUUGAAAGCAGAAAUGGAUUCUACGACCCUUCUCUUCACAGACGACUACUACCAUUGGACGAACAAGGACAAGAAAGAAGCAGAGGAAAACGACAACGAUAUCAACUGA